GAGCCACCAGCUGUGUGGGAACGGGAGGCGAUUUCGCCGCCAAAGUGUCAAAGGUCUGAUCUGAUCCUACCUGGAGCGACUCCUCCAGUUUCACUGCAGAACUCCACACUGCGUCAGCAACAGCUGUCCUGCAGCCUCGCGCCGGCUGCCAGGAGGGGAGAAUUACGUCGGUGUUGGACUUAACAGAAGACGGUUUUAUUAUUAUUUCCCCCCCUAAGUGUCUAGGAUUCUGUGGAAAUAUUGUCAUCGUGCAAGGCAAGCUCCUUCUAGGGAAACCCCAGUGUGGUGGUAUCUCUUUGCAAUGCAAAGAUGGCGUCCUUGCUCCCUCCCCCAGGCGUCAAAUUCUUCCGCCCUUUCACUCGUGAAUCAUUGGUGGAGAUCGAGAGGCUCGAGGCUGAAAGACAGAAGGCAGCGGAGGUAAAAGACCACAAUGAAGAAGAACUGGCGGUGCCCCAUGCUGAUCUGGAAGCUGGAAAGAAUCUGCCCUUGAUCUAUGGAGACCCUCCACCAGAGCUGCUCAACACGCCUCUGGAGGACCUGGAUUCCUUCUACAAAUCACAGAAAACAUUCGUUGUGAUCAGCAAAGGAAACACAAUCUACAGGUUCAAUGCUGAACCAGCUUGUUACAUUCUGAGCCCCUUCAGUGUGAUCAGGAGAGGAGCCAUCAAAAUUCUCAUACAUUCAUUAUUUAGCAUGUUCAUCAUGAUUACCAUUCUAUCGAAUUGUGUGUUCAUGACGAUGAGUAAUCCACCAGCAUGGAGUAAAACUGUCGAGUAUGUUUUCACUGGUAUUUAUACUUUUGAGGCAACAGUUAAAGUGUUAUCUCGAGGUUUCUGUGUUGGAUCUUUUACAUUCCUUCGAGAUCCAUGGAAUUGGUUGGAUUUCAUGGUGAUCAGCAUGGCUUACAUCACUGAGUUUGUUGACCUUGGCAAUGUGUCAGCCCUCAGAACAUUUCGUGUACUUCGAGCCCUGAAAACAAUCACUGUGAUUCCUGGUUUGAAAACAAUUGUGGGCGCUUUGAUCCAGUCAGUGAAGAAAAUGGGGGACGUCAUGGUUCUGACCGUCUUUGCCCUUGCAGUUUUUGCCCUUGUUGGUCUUCAGCUUUUCAUGGGGAACCUUCGUCAAAAAUGUGUGCGAUGGCCCAUCCUGAUGAAUGAAACCACAGCUGAAUUUUUUAACACCUCGUCUACAUUUAAUGAUACAAUGAACUUCAACAACACCAUCAGUGUCAGUAAUACAUCAUACUCCAACAGUACCUUCAAUUUUACUGAAUAUAUUGAAAACACAGACAAUCACUAUUAUCUGGAAGGCAGCCUGGAUGCUCUGCUUUGUGGUAACAGCUCUGAUGCUGGAAAGUGCCCAGAAGGAUACACAUGCAUGAAGGCAGGGAGGAACCCUAACUAUGGCUACACCAGUUUUGACUCUUUUGGCUGGGCCUUCCUUGCCCUCUUCAGGCUCAUGACCCAGGACUUCUGGGAGAAUCUUUUCCAACUGAUUUUACGGGCAGCUGGAAAGACAUACAUGCUGUUCUUUGUGGUGAUUAUCUUUCUGGGAUCCUUCUACCUCAUCAACCUGAUCCUGGCUGUGGUAGCCAUGGCUUAUGAUGAACAGAAUCAAGCAACUCAGCAAGAGGCCAUCGAAAAAGAGGAGGAGUUUCAGCGGCUGCUAGAGCAACUCAGGAAUCAAGAACAGGCUCAAGCUCUUGGAAGCCAAGCAACUCUGACCAGUAAGAAGUCACUUAGCCAUCACACAGCAUCUGAGAUGGCAGAUGAUGAACAGAAUGUUAAACAAGGUUGUGAGGUUGUCAAAGACUGUAAUGGGAGAAUUGUCCCCCAUGUGAUGGUCAGAGCACCCACCAUGGAUGAGUCUGCCACAGAUUAUGAACUCAAAGAGAAGCCAUUGGACUCUGUGCACAGCAGGCUUCAUCCGGAUGAACCAGGCCUGACACAGAGAUCUGCCAGUGUUGCAACUGUGCUCACAACGACUGCCAUGGAAGAGUUGGAGGAGGCUCAGAGGCCAUGUCCGCCUUGCUGGUACAAAUUUGCAGAUACCUUUUUGAAGUGGAACUGUUGUGAGCCCUGGAUUGUCUUUAAAAAGUGGGUACACUUUGUUGUCAUGGACCCCUUUGUUGACUUGGCUAUUACAAUCUGCAUUGUGCUCAACACCCUCUUCAUGGCCAUGGAGCACUACCCCAUGACACCGGAGUUUGACCACAUGCUCUCAGUGGGGAAUCUGGUUUUCACUGGGAUUUUCACAGCGGAAAUGUUCUUUAAACUUAUCGCCAUGGAUCCCUACUACUACUUUCAAGUUGGAUGGAACAUUUUCGAUAGCAUCAUUGUGACUCUAAGUCUGGUGGAGUUAGGGCUGGCAAACGUCCAGGGCCUGUCAGUCCUUAGGUCCUUCCGUCUGCUUCGUGUCUUCAAGUUGGCAAAGUCCUGGCCAACACUCAACAUGCUGAUCAAAAUCAUUGGUAACUCAGUAGGAGCUUUAGGCAACCUGACUUUGGUGCUGGCCAUCAUCGUCUUCAUUUUUGCUGUUGUGGGCAUGCAGCUCUUUGGAAAGAGCUACAAGGACUGUGUGUGCAAGAUAUCAGCAGACUGCGAGCUACCACGCUGGCACAUGAACGACUUCUUCCACUCGUUCCUCAUCGUGUUUCGCAUCCUGUGCGGGGAGUGGAUCGAGACCAUGUGGGACUGCAUGGAGGUGGCUGGACCUGCCAUGUGUUUCAUCGUCUUCAUGAUGGUCAUGGUCAUUGGAAAUCUUGUGGUGUUGAACCUCUUCUUGGCCUUGCUGCUCAACUCGUUCAGUGGAGACAACCUCUCGACAGGAGACGACGAUGGAGAGAUGAACAACCUCCAGAUCGCCAUUGGCAGAAUCACACGGGGCAUUGACUGGUUGAAAGCAUUUAUUAUUCAAAGGGUCAUGCAAAUUCUUGGCAUAAAGCCCCAGGAGCCUGACCAGGACCCAGAGGAUGAUGUUGAUCCUAAAACUGAAGGAAUUGAGAUGAACCAUUUGGACACCUGUCAGACUCUCAAACUGAAAGAUGGAAAAUUGGACAGUUUGGUUGAAAGCCAGCCAUCUAGAUUUAUGCUAGACGGAGAGCUUAGACUCAAUGUGCCAAUUGCAGAGGGAGAGUCAGAUUUUGAAAAUCUGAGUGAGGGAGGUGACGACGAUGAAGAUGAUGAUGGCAGCUUGGAAGAAGAUGAGCAGGAUAAUCAGCCAUCUAAAAAAAAAAUGCGAGAUGAAUUGAAUAUUCCAGGGAAAACCAAAUUGAUGGGUGUUGUGAACGAUGAGGAUUCUUCAGUGUGCAGCACAGCAGACUAUCAGCCACCUGAGCCUGAACCUGAAGAAGUGGAAGAAGAAGAGCCAGACCCUGUGGAGCCAGAGGCCUGCUUCACUGACAACUGUGUGAAGAGCUGGCCAUGUCUGACUGUGGACAUCACACAAGACAGAGGAAAGAAAUGGUGGAAUCUCCGUAAGACUUGCUUCACUAUAGUGGAGCAUGAUUGGUUUGAGACCUUCAUAAUCUUUAUGAUCCUCCUCAGCAGUGGGGCUCUGGCCUUUGAAGACAUAUACAUUGAGAAACGCCGGACUAUAAAAAUCAUUCUGGAGUUUGCUGACAAGGUUUUCACCUACAUCUUUGUCAUUGAGAUGCUGCUUAAAUGGGCUGCAUAUGGCUUCAAGAUCUACUUCACCAAUGCGUGGUGUUGGUUAGACUUUUUCAUUGUGGAUAUUUCCCUGAUCAGUUUAGUUGCCAACUGGAUGGGCUACUCAGAUCUUGGACCUAUCAAGUCUCUCAGAACCCUUAGAGCACUCAGACCUCUUCGAGCGCUGUCAAGAUUUGAGGGGAUGAGGGUGGUGGUGAACGCGCUUGUGGGAGCGAUUCCCUCCAUCUUCAAUGUGCUGCUGGUGUGUCUGAUAUUCUGGCUCAUCUUCAGCAUUAUGGGAGUUAAUUUGUUUGCGGGGAAGUUUUACCGCUGCAUCAACACCACCACAGAGGAGCUUUUCCCCAUUUCUGAGGUCAAUAAUCGAAGUGACUGCAUGGCUGUCAAAGAAGCCACACAGGACGCCCGCUGGGUCAACAUCAAAGUCAACUAUGACAAUGUUGGAAAGGGCUACCUGUCCCUGCUUCAAGUGGCAACUUUUAAAGGCUGGAUGGACAUCAUGUAUGCUGCCGUUGACUCAAGAGAGGUUGAGGAGCAACCUUCUUAUGAGAUCAACCUUUACAUGUAUAUAUAUUUUGUUAUCUUCAUUAUUUUUGGCUCUUUCUUCACCUUAAACCUCUUUAUUGGUGUCAUUAUUGACAAUUUCAACCAACAAAAGAAAAAGAUUGGAGACAAAGACAUCUUUAUGACAGAGGAACAAAAAAAGUACUAUGAGGCCAUGAAGAAACUUGGUUCCAAGAAGCCACAGAAGCCAAUUCCACGUCCAACGAACCCAGUCCAGGGCCUCGUGUUUGAUUUCAUCAGCCAGCAGUUCUUUGACAUCUUCAUCAUGGUACUCAUUUGCCUCAAUAUGGUGACCAUGAUGGUGGAAACAGAUGACCAAAGUACUGAAAAGGAGGAUUUUCUUUUUAAAGUCAACGUGGCUUUCAUAGUAGUCUUCACUGGAGAGUGUGUGUUGAAACUUUUUGCACUGCGACAUUACUUCUUCACCAAUGGCUGGAACAUUUUUGACUUCAUCGUGGUCAUCUUGUCAAUAGCAGGUACGAUGCUUUCAGACUUAAUUGAGAAGUACUUUGUGUCACCAACUCUUUUCAGAGUGAUCCGACUUGCCAGGAUUGGCAGGAUUCUGCGUCUUAUUAAAGGAGCUAAGGGUAUACGGACGCUUCUAUUUGCUCUAAUGAUGUCACUUCCUGCCUUAUUCAAUAUUGGUCUCCUGCUCUUCCUCAUUAUGUUUAUAUUCUCCAUCUUUGGGAUGUCAAACUUUGCCUAUGUCAAAAAAGAGGCUGGAAUCGAUGACAUAUUUAAUUUUGAGACGUUUGGUGGGAGCAUUAUCUGCUUGUUUCAGAUUACGACGUCGGCAGGCUGGGAUGGGCUGUUGCUUCCAAUAUUAAACAGGGAUCCUCCAGACUGUGACCCAGACUUUGAGAAUCCAGGCACGGAUGUAAAGGGUAACUGUGGCAAUCCGGUAAUGGGCAUGAUGUUUUUCUGCAGCUACAUCAUUAUUUCGUUCUUAGUGGUGGUCAACAUGUACAUUGCCAUAAUUUUAGAGAACUUCAAUGUGGCACAGGAGGAGAGCGGUGAUGCACUCUGUGAGGAGGACUUUGAGAUGUUCAAUGUGACCUGGGAGAAGUUUGAUGUGAAUGGAACGAUGUUCAUUGAGUAUAGCCAGCUCUCAGAUUUUUGCGACACCUUGCAGGAACCCCUGAGGAUUGCCAAGCCUAACCGGAUUCGCCUGAUUGAAAUGGAUCUACCUCUGGUUAUUGGAGACAGAAUCCACUGCCUGGAUGUUUUGUUGGCUGUUACCCAGAAUGUAUUGGGAGACACAGUUGAGAUGGCAGCAAUGCGAGAAAGCAUUAAAGCAAAGUUCAUCCUGAGCAAUCCCACCUCAGACUCCUUUGCACCGAUUACCACAACUGUACGCCACAAGGAGGAGCAGAGGGCUGCUGUGGUCAUUCAGAGGGCUUACCGCGACCAUCUUCUGAAGCGCUGCAUACGCCAUGCUGCUUUCAUGCAUCUGUCAAAGAGGAUGGGUAGAAAAGAUGAAGAUAAGGAUCCACCAGAAAAAGAGGGGCUGCUUGCAAGAAGGUUAGGGGUUCUCUAUGGGAGUAAUGCAGACCUCGCUGAAGAAAUGGAACGAGAGGCUUUAGAAACUCUAACAAGCCAACAACAAAUUGAUCCUGAGGCAGUGUCGUAUUAUGAAGAGGCCCUGGGUGAUCAAGGUCCUCCUGAGCCAAAUAUAAUAGUUGUCCCUGUAGAAAUUACAAGUGAAGUUUUAUUACAUUCUGCCCCCAACCAGUAUCUCUUCACCUUACAAGCAAACCUGAGAGAGUCAGUUGUAUAACAAACUGCAAAAGAUCAAUGUCUUGUCUUACUAUGCCGUGUCCUGUUUUGCUAAAGGAAUGUUUUGGGAUUUUUUAAGUGGGUUUAAUGAAGUAGUAUAUGUUUUCCCUUGAGAAGCUUUCCUGAUAGUUGAGCUAAAGCUAAAAGUUACAGAGUACAUUGCCAUCACAACAGCAAACCUUUCACCACAUACUGUAAAAUAACUAAAACCUAAAAUUUUUUAUUUUAGUUUGGGUUUUGGGCAAAGGUUUAGCUCUUAUUAUUGAUAAAUACUCCCAACAAACCUUUCUGAAAUUUUUCUCAUGGAAGGUUUUAGUCUGUUUUUGGGUCAAAGGUGAGACUGGACUGCAUGUAUUUUUUUAUUUUUUAUUACAAUAUUAAUCAGCAAAAUUUAAAAGAAAGAAAACAUUUAAAUCUAUAGAUUAAGGAAGUACAAAUGAUUUCUCAGAUUUUUGUUGUUUUGUCUUAACUGAUCGCCAUUAAACAACACUAAAGUUUGUCAUUAGAGGGUGAAGUAUGGACCAGAAUCUGUGAUUUUUAUAGAUUUCAGAAACUAUCAUAAAUACUAGAGCGAGCUACUUUAACAUACUUUAAUAACUGUUCAGUGAAUAUUUUGUUAUCCAAAUGGCAUAGUAAUGAACACUGGUGCAGUUUAAUGCUUUUUACAGUUGAGGCUUUUAGAUCAGCUAUAACUUUGUUUUUGACACCACUAAUACAGAGAAUAUGGCUGUUACCAUGCUGCACUAGUGGCUACCCAAAGAGUAACUUAAAUUUAAUGAUGCAAUCCUCAAUUGGACUGCAGGAAUUUAAGCUGUUGAUGUCAUCCAUUGAAAUUUAUCAAAAGAUUUGACCAUUUAUUUCAUAUUUGAGUUUAAGCAAAUUGAUAAUUUUUUUUAUAAUAUCCCAAAUUUCAUCACAAGAGCCACAUUGAAGUUACAGAACUUCAUGGUUAAAGGUUAUGAAUGCAGUCCCUAUUUGUUUUAAUUAUAAAAUAUGUAUCAGACUGUUCUUACUGUAAUGUCCUUUACAGUAAGGACAGCACAGACAGAAGUGUCUCAUUUCUUGUCAUCUGAUGCUCACGCUUUUCUACGGGGAAUUUGUUUUGUACAUAUGUAAAUUAGUAAGAAGGAAAAAUGGGAAUCUGGUUCAGAAUUUUGCCAGUAUACCAGUGCAACUCUGAUCUCUGUUAAAUGUAACUAGUUAGCUAACAGUGUCACCAUCUGUCCCUGUCUGGCUCGGUCAGAGAGGCUCAGUUUAUAUUGCACUAAUUAUUUCCCUUCCAGAUGAAAAGUAGAGAAAUUGUUCUUGUUAACUGAAAUACCUUCAUGUUUUGUUAUGUUUUCUUCAAGAAUAUGUGCAUGUCUUACAUGUUUUAUCUGUUUUUAUUUAAAAAAACAAAGAACAAUUUGGUCCCUUUUGAUAUCAGACGAUCACAAAACAAAAAGUCGUCACUUUUUUUCUCAUUUUGGUGAAUUUCAGUUGCAGCAUCCUCGUAAAUACACAAUUUUAUCAUGAAUUAAACAAGUGCUAUAGUGAAAGAGCUGCUGUUUUGGUACUUGCUGUUGUACCUCAGGUUGGAUUGAGUGCAGAAUUAGUUUUUGAGACUUGAUCUUUUCCUAAUUUAAAAUAUAAAAAAAAUAGCACAUAUAGCUGAGGGUUGUCUUAGGGAGAUAUUUGACUGUAAUGUCAGAGGAAUACAUGAAUUUCCAUGGUGUAGAUCUGUAAUUAUAUUAGCAUAAUUACAAAAAAAAACCCUUUAUAAGUUGAAGUAAGUGCUUUUAUGUUUGCUGGAUCUACUCUAAAAUCUGUCCUCAUGUAGAAAAGUUGCUUGUAUAAGUCUUAACUACAUUUCUAAUGUCUUACUUUGAGAGUAUAUGCCACUGUGUAAAGGUUUUAGGCAUUCUGAGUAAAAAAAAACAAAAAAUCAAUGACAUUUUGAUUUACAGCUUCUAUAUAAAGUUUGCAAAUAUUUUCCUUUUUUUUAUAGUAUAUCUUUUAACAUACUCUGUAAGCACCUACUAUUUAAAUCACAAUCAAUUUUGCUGUAAGUACAAUCACAAAUAAUUGCAGUUCUCAUUUGUCUGUCUGGUCUUAUUCAACCUCAUUAAUAUAAUAGGGAUAAUAAUGUAAAGACGAAGUCAAUGUAAACAAUGGCAAAACAAUGAUAAAGCAUAUAAAACAUUGAAUCUGUGAACUUAUAUACAUUUUGAAAUUUUAGCUACUAAAGAACUUUCCAAAAAGGGAAGGCAGGGGCAUUUAACUGCUGACCUUCUAUUUUUAACACCACUUUGCAGUUGUUUGGGAACUGAGGACAUCUACACAUCCUUGCCCGUAUAUAUAGGAUUCUAAUGGGUGACAGCUCUGGACUGCGGGCAGGCCAGUUUAGCACCCUGACAUUUUCAACAUGGAGCCAAACUGAUAAAACACAAGUAAAAUGAAUUUUUGCUAAAAAUAAAUAAAUAAAAGAAAGAUUUCUUGAAAGCACCAGAUAUUUUCUUUCAGCAGUAAUAAACAUAAAUGAAAUUCAUGACUGUGCAGCAUUGCAUGGUUUGGCAUCCAGAUGCUGGGUUUAAACAGCGUGCUGUCCAUGAUUUUUGAGAAGAAUUUAAAUGUUUGAUUUGCUUACUACUUCAGUUUAGUCCAUUUUAGAUGACCUCAGGCCAUGAAGUGGUCACAGUUUUUCAUUUGGCUUAUCUUCAUAAAAACUUUUCUUUGUAUUGCAAAGUAUUAGAUUGAAUUUAUAAGUGCAAUGACAAACUUUUUUUCACUGAUGGUUUUUAGAAGUGUUACUGAGCCCUUUCAGUGAUUUUCCACUGCAGAGUGGCAUAAGUUUUAAGUCCAGUGGUGUUUAAAGGUCCAGAGAUCAUAGAUGUUUAAUAUGGAUUCUCAGCCUUCACCAUGCCAUACAUUGUUUUUUGUUUUCCUUUUAAAUCUAAUAGAAACUAUUAUGUUUUUAAAAACUAGUAGUCAAAAUCUUUUUAGACCACUGACUGUAAUAUGAUGGAAUCCAGACCCUUUGCCAGCUUUUCUGUUUCUAAAGAAAAAAAAAGUCAGGUUCAAAAAUAUGCUUUUUUUUAUUGUAUUUUAAUUAAAUAUAAGGUUUAAGAGAUUUGCAUAUAUUUGCAAUCCAUUUUAACCACAUUUUUAAAAGUGUACCUAAUUGUAAGAUUAGUUGCAAUCUCCACCUGAUAUAAGAUUGUGUUAUAUGAUGAUAAGAAUCUAAAGUUCUGAAGUGCCUGAAACACUCUGCACAGUUCUGUAUAAACGUGAAUAUCAUAAGCACUUUUACAGUUUUAUAACUUUUUUUUUCUUUUUUUUAAUAAUAGCACACUACUGUACACCUCUUUUUGUUGAUCUUUUUGUCUAUGCAUUCAGCUCUGCUUUAAUAUUGACCUUGGACAAAACCAGAAAUUAUGGUUUCUCUACAUAUCUUGCUGCUGCAAUUUAUUCCUGUCAGAAGUCUGUAAUACAAUCUGCAGCUCUCCCGUGUCAGACUGAGACACUGCUGCAACACUUAAAAUCUCUUCUGGUGGUGCAGUCGUGUUCAUUUGACAGUGUCCUCCUUUUUGUUUACAGUUCUACAGGAGGAAAAAUCUUAAUUCUACAGGUACACCCGCAAUCAGAACUGCCUGUAUAUACAUUUUUUCUUUGUUUUUUGUGUAUUAUAUAUUUCUAUAAUUUUGUUAUUGUAAAACUUGUACUUAUAUUGUUAAAAUAAAUAAU